UUGCGUCCAAACAUAGGAGAUCCGAUCCGCUGCGGGAAAAAAAGGUCCAGAGAAAAUAAAAAGAAAAAAAAUGGAAAAAUGCAAAAAGUAGGCCGUGAGCAAGAAGUAUCGGAUAACGCUUCAACCCUCGGACGCCUGCCCUUCAUUGCUGCCGCCUGUAUCGACUUUAUUUCAGAAGUUCUCGACUUACAAUUCAUAGAGUUGGUCUCGUUGAUCAAAAUUGAGAGAGCAUGAUUAUGUUGUAGUGGUAAUUAUUUUGGCAUGCUUUGACAAUGGUGGCUGAUCAGUGGAAGAAACGUCUACGUGCUAUCAACAAUAUUGACUGUCCUCUGGACCGCCAUGGACUGAAGAAGAAGAAGAAGAAGCAGGGAUUAGCAAGAUAUAAUUUGAAGUUAAGAUCCAACGUUUCUCUGGUUUGGGAUGACAAAAAAAGGUGUGUUCUUGCCAAGAAGGAGCAAAUUGGCAUUUCACAGAGAGAAUUGACUCCCUUUUUGGAUUCUCUCUCACAUCACCAUAGCAUAUUGGCUGAUGUUUUUACUCUACCUCAUGAAACUUUUGAACUCAAUAAUUUAAGUGAGGUCCUCUCCCACAAGGUUUGGCAGGCAAACUUGUCAGAAGAUGAGAGAGGAUUUCUUACGCAAUUUUUGCCAGAAGGGUCAGGACCAGAUGAUAUUGUCUAUAAAUUACUGGGGGAGGAAAAUUUUCACUUCGGAAAUCAAUUUCUUAAGUGGGGUCAGAUGAUUUGUUCUGGUAGCUUUCACCCUGAUAAUGUUAUGCGUCAGGAGCAGCUUUUCAAGUCUAACAAGAAGGCAUAUUACAUGGAAUUACAAAAUUACCAUGACAAUAUGAUUGGGAAGUUGCAGUUAUGGAAGGAAAGUUUGGAGAGCUGUAAAGACUCGGAAGAGGAAAUGGUGGAGAGAAUAUUGAGAAAGGGCUUGACGGAAGGCACAUAUGGCAGUUCGCCUGAUGGAGCUAAGAUGGCUGCAAGAUCCAGGAAAGGAGAAAAACUAAACAAGCGGAAUAUCCAACACAGCGAUGGUGCCAAAUACAUGUCUUAUAUUAAGGUCAGUCGAGAACACUAUCAACGUGUUAAGAACAGCAUGAAGCAUAAUAGUAAUAGCAUACAACCCAGGUCUCUGAGCAAUGUCUUAGGUGAUGUGGAAAAUCUCCAUGUACAGCCAUUUGAAUUUUAUGAGGAAGAAGAACGUCAAAAAUUACAUGACCACUGGCUGCAGCUGGCAAAUAGGGAUGUCCCUGCUGGUUUUGCAAAAUGGAUAAAGAGACGUUCACAAGAAUUGCAUGUGAGAAUAUCAUUAGGUCAAGAAAUGGAACAAAAACUGAAUGUCCAAAUUAAGGGUGAAGAGAAAAUGAGUUCUGAUGGGAUCUUUCCAGAACGAACUGAUUGUAAAGAAGCAGAAGAGAGAACUAACUCUGAUGGGAUCUUUGCAGAACAAACUGAUAAUAAAGAAGCAGAAAUUAUACUCUCAAUGGAAGUAGAGGCUGACCAGCAGGAGGACAAUGAAAAAUCUGAUCGGUUGAUAGAGAAGCAAAUGGAAAGAGAAAUAGUAAAUAAUGAGGUUUCUCUACAGUCAGAGGUUGAUAAGCAUGAGAGUGUGGAUGAAUCUGAUGGGUUGAUAGAGAAGCAAAUGGAAAGAGAAAUACUAAAUAAUGAGCUUCCUCUACAGUCAGAGGUUGAUCAGCAUGAGGGCGAGGAAAAUUCUGAUGGGUUGAUUGAGAAGCAAAUGGAAAGAGAAGUACAAAAUAAUGAGCUUCCUCUACAGUCAGAGGUUGAUCAGCAUGAGGGCAAGGAAAAAUCUGAUGGGUUGAUCGAGAAGCAAAUGGAAAGAGAAAUUCUGAAUAAUGAUCCUAUAAAGUCAGAGGUUGAUCAGCAUGAGGGCAAGGAAGAAUCUGAUGGGUUGAUCGAAAAGCAAAUGGAAAGAGAAAUACUAAAUAAUGAGCUUCCUAUACAGCCAGAGGAUCAGGAGGGAGGAGAGUCUGCAAGCUUAUUUGAUGAACAAACUCCUGAUAGCACAGCUAACACUGAUUAUGAUGACGAGUCUCUCCCUGUCUCACUCAGUCAGGAUCUUGAUCAUGUUUCACUUGAUGAGAGCAAUCAGUUAGGUCACUUUAAGCUGGAUUCUAACGAGAACAAUAUAAUCCAGCAGGCAGAUGAAGUUUCCCCAACUGUAUCAGAGUAUCCAGAAGGGUUGAAUAGUGUAGAUGUUCCUGUUGAUCAAGGGGAUCCUCUUGCUUCUACCAGUGAUGGUUGGCCAGCAAUUAGCAUAGCUGCCUCUUAUGGGUGUGCCACUCCCAUAAGUCAUGAAUAUUCUUCUGCCGAGGAGUUGUCAUUAGGGCAUCCUCGAGUUACUGAAGAGCGAGCCGCUAGUCUUAUUAAUCUGGAAGCUGUCCCAACAGGAAAGGAUGCUGGGAGGGAUAUGUUGCCCAGAGAACCCAGUGCCAUUUCUCUUUUUGGUUCAUACCCUCAGAACAGGAAUGAAAUAUUCCACCCGUUUUUCAAGGAUCCAGAUAGUUCAUCUUACAACCAUGAGCAGAGACAGUCUCCUCUGGACUUCCAACCAGCAACCAAUCUGAUGGUGCAGCAAGGUCAAUAUUCUGGUCAUUUUAGGGAGCAGCUUCAUGUGCAGUUACCAAUUGAGCUACGACACAAGGGGAUGAAUGAUCUCCUCAUGCAUCAGAACUUUCAGGGGAAUCUAUACCCAGAUGGAAGUCGAUAUUCUCUCCCUAGGCAUGAACAGUUGAAUGUUGGCAUGCAAGAUUGGGCCAUCAAUUCUGUUCAUGUGUCGACACCGCCUCAAACUCAUCUAAGCAGUGGAGACUUGUUAAGUCAGAAUUGGUUCUCUGGAGAGAAUCAUGCCCGUGGGAGCUGGUCUACUUUCGGAGGUGUUGGUGGUCCAUCUCAGAGCAUUGGAAGCGUAAACAACUCAGAUCAGAGCUUGUACAGUGUUUUAUCUGAGUGUAACGCACUGCAUCAAAGUGGCUCGUAUAAUGUAUCAGGCUCAAGAGAACGGUUGAUCCCUUCAAGGAACUAUGGUGAGAUAGCCGUGGGAGUUCCCACAACGAGCAAUGCCUCACAGCAGCAAGCUGUUUCCCUUAGUUACAUGAGUAGCCAGGAAAGUCCUAGCGGCCUUAAACCCAAUGGUCUUGGAUGGACGAGCAUGUCUACUCAGAAUCCAGGGUACCAUGAUUCGAUGGGCAAACCAUUCUUGAGGCCCUGGAAUCCAUAGGGAUGUUGUGUUGCACAAGGCUACAAGAGUCGUCGGGACAAUAAUUGAUGUAAAUUUUUACAUUUUACACCACAAGAUGUAGGCGGCUAUGUUCAUGCAGCCGGAUUUUAUUGCAGUUGUUUUUGAGUUGAGACUGCUGCAAGUCUUUUGUUUUCUUGAUGAUGACCAAGCCUGGGGGCAUUUUGUACAUACAUACAUUAGACAAAUCUAAUGUCGGUGUAUAUACUAGAUAUUUAUUUAUGGAUAUAGGGGAAGAUUGGUUUA